UCCGUCUCCCACUUCUGCUACCUGCUCUACAAGAACCUGGAGCUCUCCAACUACCUGGAGGACAUUGAGAUCUUCGCGCUCUUCAUCUCAUGCAUGUGCCAUGACCUCGACCACCGCGGCACCAACAACUCCUUCCAGGUGGCCUCGAAAUCCGUCCUGGCCGCGCUCUACAGCUCCGAGGGCUCCGUGAUGGAGCGGCACCACUUUGCCCAGGCCAUCGCCAUCCUCAACAGCCAGGGCUGCAACAUCUUCGACCACUUCUCCCGCAAGGACUACCAGCGCAUGCUGGACCUCAUGCGGGACAUCAUCCUGGCCACCGACCUGGCCCACCACCUACGCAUCUUCAAGGACCUCCAGAAGAUGGCAGAAGGUGAUGCUGGGCUGGUGGCACCCCUCGUGUCGUGUCCCCUUGUCCCCAUUGAGUUGUGUCACAUCCCCUUGUUCCCAUUCGGUUGUGUCGUGCCCUCAUUGGGUUGUGCCGUGUCCCCUGUCUCCAUUGGGAUGUGUUGCAUCCCCAUUGGGUUCUGUCAUGUCCCUUUGUUCCCAUUGGAUUGUGUCAUAUCCCCUUGUCCCCAUUGGGUUGUGUCAUGUAUCCUUGUCCCCAUUGAGUUGUGUGUCAUCCCCGUGGGGUUUUGUCAUGUCCCCUGGUCCCCAUUGGGUUGUGUCGUGUCCCCAUGUGUCAUGUCCUCUUGUCCCUAUUGGGUUGUAUCAUGUCCCUUUGUCCCCAUUGGGUUGUGUCAUGUCCCCUUAUCCCCAUUGGGUUGUGUUGCAUCCCUACUGGGUUGUGCCAUGUCCCCUUGUCCCCGUUGGGUUGUGCCAUGUCCCCUGUCUCCGUUGGGUCGUGUCGUGUCGCCUUGUCCUCGUUGGGUUGUGUUGCGUCCCCACUGGGUUGUGUUGCGUCCCCAUUGCAUUGUGCCAUGUCCCCUUGUCACCAUUGAAUUGUGUGGCAUCGCCAUGGGGUUUUGUCAUGUCCCCUUGUCCCCAUUGGGUUGUGCUGUGUCCCCAUUGGGUUGUGUCAUGUCCCCUUGUCUCCUUUGAGUUGUUUGGCAUCCCUGUGGGGUUUUGUCAUGUCCCCUGGUCCCCAUUGGGUUAUGUCACAUCCCCACUGGGUUACGUCACAUUCCCCUUGUCCCCAUUGGGCUGUGCCACGUCCCCUUGUCCCCAUUGGGCUGUGUCACAUCCCCUUGUCCCCACUGGGCUGUGCCACGUCCCCUUGUCCCCGUUGGGCAGUGCCACGUCCCCUUGUCCCCAUUGGGCUGUGUCACAUCCCCUUGUCCCCAUUGGGUUGUGCCACAUCCCCUUGUCCCCACUGGGCUGUGCCAUGUCCCCUUGUCCCCAUUGGGUUGUGCCACAUCCCCUUGUCCCCACUGGGCUGUGCCACAUCCCCUUGUCCCCAUUGGGCUGUGCCACAUCCCCUUGUCCCCAUUGGGUUGUGCCACAUCCCCUUGUCCCCAUUGGGCUGUGCCACGUUCCCUUGUCCCCAUUGGGCUGUGUCACAUCCCCUUGUCCCCAUUGGGUUGUACCACAUCCCCUUGUCCCCAUUGGGCUGUGCCAUGUCCCCUUGUCCCCAUUGGGCUGUGCCACAUCCCCUUGUCCCCAUUGGGCUGUGUCACAUCCCCUUGUCCCCAUUG